GACAUUCUAUUGAAAGUGACGUAGGUGUAGUGUCUUGGCGACUUGGCGUGUGUUGAACAACGUCCUUGUGUGAAAAAGUUAAUUGUGCACAGUUGAUUGAGCCAAAUUUGUUCGUCUGAUCCUUGUGCCGAGGUUCAAAAUGUUUGGUGCUCCAACAGCACCGAAGCGCCUGAUGGAUGGGGUUGAAGCGUGGAACAAUGGAGAUGAACAGUCAAAUAGUGGAGAUGGUAUGUCUGCAAGGAAGAAAAAGAGGAAAAGUCGCUGGAAUACAGAUAAUGAUGAGAAGACUGUCAUCCCGGGCAUGCCUACCGUCAUACCUUCCAACUUGACUGAAUCCCAGCAGCGACAAUAUGUUGUUCAUCUUCAAAUUGAGGAAAUUAGCCGUAAGCUGAGAACAGGGGAUCUGGGAAUUCCUGCUAACCCUGAGCAAAGGUCUCCGUCCCCCGAGCCAAUCUACAACAACGAGGGCAAGAGGCUGAACACCAGAGAGUACCGGACGCGUAAGAAGUUGGAGGAAGAGCGCCACAAGCUCAUCCAAGAGGCGAUCAAAUUGAACCCAGAAUUCAAGCCACCCAGUGACUACAAGCCUCCUGUCGUACGAGUCAGCGACAAGGUGAUGAUUCCUCAAGAAGAACAUCCGGACAUCAACUUUGUUGGCUUGUUGAUUGGGCCCAGGGGCAACACUCUCAAGACCUUGGAGAAAGACACUGGUGCCAAGAUUAUCAUCCGGGGCAAAGGGUCGGUGAAGGAUGGUAAGAUUGGCAGGAAAGAUGGGCAGCCACUUCCCGGAGAGGAUGAACCACUGCAUGCUUAUGUAACGGCAAACAAUCCGGAGAAUGUGAAGAAAGCAGUAGAAAGAAUAAAAGAAAUUAUUAAACAGGGAAUAGAAGUGCCUGAGGGUCAAAAUGACUUGCGUCGGCAGCAACUGAGAGAACUGGCAUUGCUGAAUGGAACACUCAGGGAGAAUGAUGGCUUGUCGAAACUAAGACAGAUUGCUGAAAGUCAGACGAUUGUAACAAACACAAUUCUUUGUCAAAUAUGUGGUGGAACAGGGCAUAUAGCCCAGGAUUGUAAACAAAAGAGACCCGGUGACACAUUCCGAAUGCAGCAGAUGCAGAAUCCGGCUGAGAAAGCAAAAAUGGACAGUGAGUACAUGUCUCUGAUGGCUGAGCUCGGGGAAGGACCGCCCCCACCCAAGAAUGACGUUCCUCCACCAUCACAGCCCAACUUUGGCAGACCUUUGCUGGCCAACCCUCCCCCAAACCCCAUGUCGAUGAACUCGCCGUGGCAGAUGCCGAACCGUCCCCCCAACAUGCCUCUGCUGGGCCGGCCGCCCAUGCAGCAGUCGAAUCAGCAGAUGAACCCCAUGGGGCGUAUGCCCGUGCCCCUCAUGUCCACACCGCUGCAGCCCCCGCCCGGCAUGCAGGCACCCCCUGGCCUCCUCCCUCAGCCCGCACAAGGCUUGCAGCAGCAACAGCAACAGCAGCAACAGCAACAGCCGCCAGGCAUGGGCGGUAUGGGUCAGAUGCAGUCGAUGCAGCAGCAGCAGAACCCUGGCAUGAUGAGGUCGUGGCAGCAGACGGCGCAGCAACAACAGCAGCCACAGAUGUCUCAGGCUGGCCAGCCCCAGGCCCUCAUGUCCAUCAACAACGCUUCCACGUCUGGCUCAAUGGUCAUUCCUCCCCCGCCACCGUCAGUUCUGGCCCCGCCCCCUCCGCCGCCCACCAGCCAGGUCCAGGCCGCCCCUCCCUGGAUGCAGCAACAGCAGCAGCAAGCAGGUAAGCCCCCGUUACUCGGCUCCCCACCACCGUCAGCGACGCUGCUACCUCCGCCUCCUCCUCCUCCGCCCGCUGUCUCCUCGCCAGGUGGAGCCCCCGCGACCAACGCCGUCGCCAUGCAGCAACAGAACCUUAUGAAUAUCCAGGCGCAAGUCUUGCAGCAGAGCGGCACAGGCAUGACGUCUCAGCCGGACGGUAUGACAGGCGGGCAGAACAACCAAGGCCUGAUGAUGAUGAUGAACCAGGGACAGUUUGGGAAUCAGGGAAACGCUCCCAAUAUGGUGCAGGGCUUGGGGAAUAUGAGAAACCCUCAGGGGUCGGGGAACUUUCCCCCCAACGCUAACAAUAUGUUUGAUCAGGGUGGUAAUAAUAAUGCUCAAAGGCCGCAGCUUCUGAAUCGAGGCGGUCAGUCUUUUGGUCAGGGGAUGCAGCAGCAACAGCAGCAGCAGCAACAACAACAGCAGAACCAGAUGAACCAGAUGGGGGGAGGAGGCGGGGCGAACCAGGGUCCUCGCCACAUGAUGAUGAUGGGUCAGGGCGGGGGCGGUCCCCCAGGGAACAUGAUGGGCAACCAGAGGAAUAACUCGAUGAUGUCCAUGCAGGGCGGGAACAACAACAUGCCCCGGCCCGACGGGGGGGGCUUCAAUCCCAUGAUGCUUCAGGGGGGCGCGCAGGGGAACAAUAACAACUUCCAGGGGAUGAUGAUGAACAGAGGUGGGCCCCAACAGCAGCAGAUGAUGGGCCAGGGGGCCAAUGUCCACAAUAUGCAACGGAAUCAGCAGAACAUGCAAAAUCAAAUGAACCCACAGAGGAUGGGGAACCCAAACUGGAAUUGAAUGUCUCGUGAGUUUGACCAGUGAGACAGUUCCUGCUUUGUUCUUGUGAUAGAUUUACUGGUCGCGGUUGACCUUUUGGGGGUUCAGCUGCAGAAGUUCAAAUGGCCACUUUGGAAAGGGACGUAUAGUGGAGUCUGCUUAAACCGAAAUCUGCGGGACCACCGGAUUUUCUUCGGUUUAGGUGCAUUUUUAGUUUAGAGAAUUUGCUUUUUUAAAAAUGGGGAUUUUUUCUUUCAGUUAACCUCUGUUUAUGGAUUAACUGUGUUCGCUUUAAGUGGACUCCGCUGUAGCUUUCCGAACGUUAGUCUGUUUGUGAUAUUUGCCUUGUCAUGUACUGUGGUGUUCUCACAGAUGUCUCUCAUGUUGUCUCACACUGUCCAUUCUGAGAACAGUUGGAACAGGGAUGGAUUGUGACUUGCUUUGCUCACAGUCAGUCUGAUUUAUGUGUAGUCAUUUCAUGAAAAGUAUCUUUUGUCGUACUAUUUCAUAUCUCUGGUCCUAUGGCCAUCUGACUCUUUUACUGUUCAAAUGUAAUUUUGAUUUUUUUAAUGCAUGGAAACUAGUGACAGAAUGCUGACUUGGUGUGUUCAGGGUAGUUUCCCUUCUCCUUGGACAUGAAGACAGCCGUGCAACUUGAGAAUCAAAAUGAUUUGUUUCUGAUUCUUUUCCCAGAGCAGUAUUGAUCUGUUGAUUGGAAAAUGAAAUGUUAGAUGAUAAAAAGUAUUAUUCAGUAUUUUUCCUACAUUUGUACUGGAGGUUGUAGACUGCCUUUUCUUCCUCCCUCCCCCUAAUUCGGUUUGUCAUCCUUUUUUCCUGCCGUUUCUAGUUGUAGAUUUUUGUUGUGCUGAGUAUAAAAAUCAUCAAAUUCCAGGAACAUAUUUUUUUGUGUGGAACAAACUCAGUGAAUAGAUUUUCAUUUAUCCGUUAAAAUUGAUUUGGGAGCUUCAUCGUUUGUGAAAAAUAAUCUCUCAUUUUGCAGAGUAUGGAAACUCAUUUUGUUUGUCUAAAUGUCCAAGGCAGCUUUUAUUAAAGCAUGCACAGGUGGAUUCAGAGUAAUUGUUGGCUUAAACGUGGCGAUCCCAGUAGUGCUGCAUUCAAGUCCCACUUAUCUCCCCCUUGUGAGAGAAACUUUCGACCCUCUAGUUUGUUGUAAUGCAAUCUCCCAACUCUUCACUGCUGGGUUGUCCCUCUCUCCGUGGUUCGUCUACUCUGAAGACACUGCUGUGCCAGAUGCUCUUUUCAAUGGAUUUUUGUUGAUACUGUUUGCAAGUCGCCCAUUUUGUCAGUUACAAUUAACGUAACUGUUAAGCAAAAAGAAGGUAUAUUUUCCUAUUUGCUGAGUUUGAAUAGUUAACACACUGACUACCAGAGAUUCUGUCCGGAUCUGGACUAUUUUUUAUUAUAAUCUAACUUCAGAGCAGUUAUGUGGAUGGUUAUCAAAAGAUUCUUCCUUAUUAGAUCAGUUGGGUUUUUUGUUUGUUUUUUUAAGUUUAAUUUUUCUCCCCUGGUUAUGAAAAUGAGUUUGUGCAUCGAGUGACCGUGUGUUGCUUCCACUUUGCAGAAACAGGUGCUCCAUAUUUCUAAAUAAAUAUUUCUUGUGUGGUCACCGAGGGCUAUUUUUAUCUUCUUUGAUAGUCAGUGAGCUAAUAUUAUUCACACUGUUAUAUUGCAUUCCCAAGCUUAUGUAUUGUCAGUUUUCAGUCACAAUAGAAGUAUAUCAUUCAGAAAGUACAGAAGUAUAUCUCAUCAUUAUAUUCAGUGCAAUCGUUCAUGUAUAUGAUGACCAUGUGAUACAUUUGGGGUGGAACAAUUUUGUGCCCAGAACGCUUGCAUAAUUCUAUUGUUCAAGCAUUAGAUAUUGAAUGUGGAUAUCUAUUUUCCUUUUGCGUGAGUGGCGUGUUUUUGUUUGUUUUGUUGUUGGUUUUUUUGUAGUUUUUUUUUUGUUUUUUUUUGUGCGCUACUUUUCUGAUACUGCUGACUUGUGUGCUUUUCUUUCCUUGCGUAGUUGAGUGAUUGUCGUAAGUUGUAUGCUGUUUUCACGUACUAUGCUGCAGUGUGAUCCCUCUAGUUAUGCUGCUACUUCUCUUUGGUUUUAUAGUUCUUCUUUAAUUUGGGUUUCAUUUUAUGCAUGGAAGCGAAAAGGAAAAGACAAGAAACAAGACAAGUACUUCUUCCUUGAAAAUAUUUGUCUUUUGCUUCUGUGAAGCACGAUCAAUUUCUUGUUUGGGAGUGGGGUGGUUAUAAGUUCCAGUAAAGUUUUCAUAAACUGUUUUGUAAGCAGAACUGCUAUCACGUGCCAUGUUCUCAUGAUGCGUUUUGUGUCAUUUGGAAAUAAGUCUUCAACAAUCAGGGAGGAGAUAUCUGGUGCGGGGUUAUAUCCUGACUUUAAUCAUCAUUUUGUGUCCUGUACGUUCCAUAAAGAGUUUUUGCAGCAGUAGACUGAUCACUGCUGCUGUGUGGUAGUGAGGAAUGAGGCAUUGACAGACUUGCACGUUGUCAUUGAGUGCAGCUAGCCUUUAACUGCCAGUUGCUAGCAGUACAAAGACUGGACUACAUGCCCCUUUUUAAAAUAAAUUUCUUAAGUUGCUUUUGUUGUUCUUAUUUUGUUUUGCAUGUGUGCUUAUUAAGCUGAAAAGACUUCUAAGGACCCAAGUAACCAUUGAGCAUCACUGACUGCAGCAUAUUAUUAUUUUGUCUGCUUCGUUCCCAGGAGAUUUUAUUACCUUGUAUCCGGUUUCAGUUUAGAGUAGAUGGCUUGUAUGCAUGACAGGAGAACAAACCUGGGCCGUGGUAGGACUUUAGACUUCAAUUCUGGUCCCAGAUCAUUCAGUUUGUGAUAGUUCUAAGUAAUCUAAGAGCCGCUUGGUUCCAUGCUCAUCAAAUUUUAACUGUUUCAAAGUUUCCAAGUGUGGAUUGUCCCACAGGCAUACCCCUGUAUCAUUACAAACUGUCUUGUAAUCUUUUAUGAUCAUGAUAAUAAAUAGGAUUGUGUUGCCCCGAGAACUAGUUUGUCCGUAGUACGCUUUGGACAAAAUAGUUCUGGGACUACAGGUUUCAAUCUUUUCUGUCUAGUGGGAGAUAAAAACUAUGUCAUUUUAACUUUUUAAGUGUGGGAAUUUGACUCAGAAAGUGGCGCCCCUACUGCUGCUAGAAUUGUCUGCGUACUAACAUUGCUUCUACUUACCUUUCUCUGUUUCUUACUUACGUCCUGUAGCUUUUUAGAAGUUUUUUAAAUUCUCAUCGUGAAAAAUAUUUCAUUAUUUGUGUGUCUUACCAGUAUGCCAAAAUGCUUUUAUAGUUAACUUGUCAGUUGUUUUGUUUUUGUUCCGGUUUGUUUGUUGUUUUUUUUUAAACUUUUUAAUCAGUCGAGGAUAGCCUAGUACAUUGAUGUCUGGGUUAUCUUGUCUAUAGACUGAAUGUUUUUCAUCUCUUCAUAUAUGUGAGGUUUAAGGGUAGCAUUCAUACUUUUGGUCAUUACCUUAAUGUUUCAUUCUCAUUUAUUUGAUCCAGAUUAUUUCAGAGUUGUCAAACAUUUGUUCCCCAACCACUUCAUUGCUAUCAAUUUUCACUUCUUUGUUUUUAGUUUGUUGUUGAUAUCUAAGCAUGGUUUGUUUUAUUUUGAAUUGAAAGUUGUAUGGUGUUCUUGGCAUUUCUGUUUGCCUUUCAUUUUGAUCAAGAUUUCCUUUUUUUAUGUACAAUUUUUUCCUUCUUCUUGUGAUGGAAAAAAAUCUUCUGUACUUGUCAAUUUUUGUUCAUAUUUGCUCAAAUACAGUACCAUUACUGAUGACAUUUGCUGGAACAAAAAG